AAGGUGUUAUAAUUAUCACACCGGGUAGCAAGUAACAAUCGUGAAUUGUUAUUUCAAAAUGUCUAGUAGACUAUUUAAUUAUUUAAAAAACGAUUUACUAGUCAUUAAUUAUCAACAACUCCGACAUGGACAUAAAAUUCGAGGUAAACCUCCUGGAGUGGCAAGAACUCUCAAACAACGUUUAGAAGAAAUGAGGCGUACGGAUCCGGAAUUGGAUUUCAAAGUUGAUAUUGGAUUUAAGCCGAUAAAAUUAUCAAGGAGGGAAACUACUACGAGUUAUAUGGAAUAUGUUAAGGAAGUGCGAAAAAAUCCAGAGUUAGAAAAAAAAUCGCGUAGAAAAGAAUUGAUACUUGAUUUGGAGGAAAUAAAAAAGGACUGGUCGAUCACAAUAGCACCUUACCAAAUAAAAACCAUUGCUGAACACUACAACAUUUUCUCUGAUUUAUUCGGAGAUGCAUACUUCUACCCCUCACUACCGAUGGAUAUCAAAUAUGAUAACAACGAUGAAUUUAUUCCAACAGUCCACCGAGGUAAUUUAUUAAAAGCAUCAGAUACCCAACAAGUGCCUAAAAUAAACUACAAAGCAGCACCUGAUUCUCUUUGGACUUUGUUGCUCACUACACCUGAUGCUAAUUUUACAAGCAGGGAACUUGAAUAUUGUCAUUGGUUCAUUGGGAAUAUACCGGGAAAUAAUAUCGACAAAGGCGAUCUUUUGAUUGAUUAUAUGAGACCUAUCCCUCCUAUGGGAAUCGGAUUGUGCAGAUAUAUUUUUAUUCUGUAUAAGCAAGAUAAACAGAUAGAUUUUUCUGAAUAUCACAAGGAGGUGCCUUGUUUAGAGUUGGAAAAGCGUAACUGGAAGACGAUAGACUUCUACCGUAAAUACCAAGAUAUUAUAACUCCAGCAAGCCUGGCAUUUUUCCAAACUGAGUGGGAUCAGAGCUUGCAAGAUUUUUACCAUCAUACUUUAAAAAUGAAAUCUCCAAAGUUUGAGUACGAUUUUCCACCGCCGUACGUUCGUCCUCAAGAGUGGUUCCCCAUCAGACAACCAUUCAAUUUAUACAUGGAUCGUUAUCGGGAUCCUAAAGAUAUAAACAAAGAUUUCUUAAUGAAGAAGUUACAGAAAACACAUCCGUUUAAGGGACCUGAACGACCAUUGAAGUAUCCACGAGCUUAUGCCUUCGACAGAGAUAUGCCAUCGUGGUUGAAAUUAGAAUUGUCAAAAGAACAAUUGAAACAAGGAAGAAUUAAUGAUAUUGAAUAAGUAAAAAUUAAUACGUUAUUAUAUUGUACAAUAAAUAAAAAAAAACUUAAAAAUUUUGAAAAUAAAAAAGUGCACUAAAAAUGCAUUUAAUUAAUCAUUUCAUUAUUACUGUUUAUUGUUUGAAAUUUUUCUUAGUGUCGAAAAAAUAACAUCUUUCUGUUAACGUAAUUGAAAAAAAUUAACCAAUUUAUUGCUGUAACUACAAUACGUAUACUUCAGCUUUCUUUACGAGGGAAAAAGCCCAUAGAACAAAACUUUUAAUACAAGACUCCGAAGUCCACAGACAAAUAUUGAAAAAUAUAAAAAGUGACUAUGUUUUUGUGGAUAUAGCUGUAAGAAAUAAUGAUUUAAAUACAAUUAAAUUGAUGUUCAAAAGUAUUGCCACUUCUACUUGUCGAACUUUUAGAAAUAAUUCUCUUUAUUUCGCUGUUGAGUUAUAUCGUAAAGAUGUUGUUGAAUUAUUAUUAGAAAUAAAUGUUAAAGUGAAAAUUAAUUGAGAUAAUAGUAUGAUACCACUUAAUGCAACUGCUUAAAUUGAUAAUGAAUAUUUGUUAAGUCUGUUGUCGAGUAGUGGUGGCAAAUCUUAACUCAGAAAUUUUGAUGAAGAUCCGAGAUCAAUGCUUUGUGUAGCUGUUAACGACUGUUGUGUAAUAAAGUUUAAAAAUUAGUUAAAAGUA